CAAUUCUAAGUUUGAAAUGCACUCAACCUUUUAAUAAGCAUGUUUGAACUCAAUUCAAGCUUGAAUAGAAGCUAGAUUCUAGUUUGAAUUAAGGCUUGGUCCAAGCUUAAGCUAAAGUUUAUUUAAUUAUAACACAAAUAAUCCACUAAGUAGUUGAUUGAUCUAAGUGUUUCAGGUAUGUGAUUGAUCUAACCGUUUUAGGUACUUGUCUCAAAAUUAAUUUUGAGCUAGAGAUCCAAGUUCAAUUAAAUUGAGCAUGCCAGACAUAGAUUCAAAGUUCAAGCUAAGCAUAGACAAAAUUUGAGUUGCUCGGAUAUAUUGAUAGUUGUACAAUAAUCCCCUCUACAUGUUGGAUGGGGAAAAUAGGCAAAGUGGUGGGCCAAACUUUACAAUACAAUUUUUUUCAAAAAAAAAAAAAAAAAAAAUCUAGUUGUAAGCACUUUAGUGAAAAGGAAGGAAGCCAACUGCUAACCACAUGCCUCUAUGAAAGAUUCUUUCUUCUAUCUAAUGUGGGACAUCUUCCAAGGAAAAAGUUUCCUUCAUUAAUAAGCCAUUCAUUAUUCAAUUAUAAAUUGGACUAGAGCCAUUUAGACAUAUUUCUUUGAAUUUCAAGGUAUAACGUGAUAUGUUGUAUAUCAAUCAUGUGGUGGUUCCAAAAAAAAAAAAGGUUAGAAAGGCACUGCUUAUAAGUCCUCAAGUGCAACAUUGGCUCCCAACUACUGCUUUGCCCACUUUUGUUUUGUGCAGGAUAAUUUACAGGGACUUAAAAAAAUCUCAAUUAUAUCUCAAGUUUUAUAAUAAAAUUAUGAUUAUAUUUGAAAAGAAAAUGAUUACACAAGAAGGAAAAACACAUCUUUUUCACAUAGAGUAUUUUGCCUUAUUUAUCAGAAAGGAGUAAUAUAAGUAGAUAAGCAUAGGGUUUUUUUUUUUAGAAAAAAAAAAGUCCAGUAAACUGUGGCAUGUACUUGAAAGCAUUUGCUGCUAGAGAUAUCCAUUGGACAGAAAAAACUAGCAAGAUACAUACAUACAUGCGUGCGUACGUACAUACAUACUUAUGUGUGUGUGUAUUUAUGUUUAUCAUAAGAGCAACAUCCUACAAUAUGAAAUGGUUGGUGGUUAUUGUAUCAAAAAAACUAAUGGAAAAGGAAAAGAAAAGAAAAGAAAAGUUGGUGGCUAUAAAACUUUCUUAGAAUUUGAUGUGCCGCUGUUAAUUGCGUAUCACUUUUCUAAGACUUGUCCACCUAUUCCACAAUAAUUGGAGUUCUAUAAUUUAAUCGCAUCCAAAUAUUCUGACACUGAAAAUGCCAUAGACAUUCCAAAGGAAGAGAAGGAACCCAACACCUCUUCAGAUCAGCACCUUGGCCAUAACCUGGUCAGGAUGGAAACUUAUGUCGCUAACUUGACUCACCUGUCUCUUUUUCCUCCCUUUGUACUUCUUUUGUAGACUGCAGUUACAGGCAGCAUUUUGUACUACCUUCAUAUAUAUCCUUAAUGAAGAGAGGUGGACUUUCACUCCUAUUUCUCAGAAAAAAAAGUACCAAGAACAUAAAAAAAAAAAAAAAAUCAAGUGCUUGCUUCAUUUCAAAUGUAUCACUUUGAAGGGAAAGUGGUACUACGACUUGGCGACUUUCAUGUGACAAUAAUAAUGCUAUUUAAUAUUUUUAACAUAAACUGUAAAAUAUAGAACUAUUUCUUUUGAUCUAUAAUGAUAUUUUUUAAUUUUAACACAGUCAGCAAUCUCAAAUCAUGUUUUCUAUAGUGUUCUCUCUCUUUGCAAUCUUUUCUCAUAUUGUAUUAGGAGGAUAUGAAGAGAAAUGAGCAUGCUUUAGCAAUGUUCUAACUCUAGGCAACUUGCUCUAACUCUAAGCAGCAGCUUUCCUUUUGAAAUUUGAACCUUGCCAUGCAUAUCUAACAAAUUUUAACAAUCUCAUACAUUAAAACCUUGGAGGUGCAAUUAGGGCUUGCUUCAACAUGAACCUAUCCACCCAAACUGCUUGUCGACUAGGGUUGGCUUGAAGUUUUAUAAACUUGAUUAGGCUUGUGUUCAAAAAUCUCAUCCUGAUCCGAAGCAAGAUUGAGUUAGGAUUGACCUUCAAUCCAAAACCCAACCUCUAUCUAAUCAAAAUUUGAUCCAACCCAACACAAUCCAACUUAAGCCGAUUCAACCCGAUAUACAAAAGAAAUAAAUAAUUUAUAUUUAUAUUUUAUAUAGAUUACUUAUAUAUUCAUAUAAUUAUAUCUUUAAUUUUAUAAAAUUACGUAAAAUACGUUAUUGAAAUUUAUGAACAAUGGAAAUUUAUAAGUGAUUAGUUUACAAUCAACAGAUAUUAGAUCAAUAAAAAUAUCACAAACAUUUUUUUUUCUAUUUUAAAAUUUCUAUUUAACUUGAUUUAAGUCAAUUAAUAUUGCGCAAACCAACUCUAGCCGACGAAUCUGACUUAAUCUGGCUUGUCCGCCCCAACUUGAAUUUAGCUCAUAAUGAAUGUGGGUUGGGUCGAAUUAGAGUUCAAAUAUUUAGAGAAUCGAUUGGCUUAGGGUUUGCCCCUCAGGUUGAUCUAAGGUGCCUGAGUUGUAGCUCUAUCAAAGCUAUUAUAACAUUUGCAUGAUGGAACAAUUCAGCAUUAGCAAACAACUAUUACCAUAUAGAUAACCAGGCGAGAACUUUGACAUUGUAUGUGUGACAUAAACAACCAAUGGAAAUAAAGUUUCCGUUCUGCAGAUGUCAUUCACAAAAUCUACUUCAUAUGGCAAUGAGGCUUUCAUUGUUGUUUUUCUCUUUUUGGCUUAGUAGGCUGGAAUUUUAAUAGGCAGAUAUACCAGAAUACAAUUGAUAUUAUUAUGCUAUCCUGACCCUGAGAUGACCCUCAUCCACUGCCGUCCCAAGUCGAACCAACGCCUCCUUUAUAGUACCAUGUCCUCACCGAACCCCAUCCCUGGCCCACCAAAUUCAUUGAGCGUGCGACCGCACACAUGCAUCGGUCCUGGGGACUUCAAAGGGGUUCAAAGUGACACCCAACUGCCCAACCGCCUGAUGGAACUGCCUUCCGGACUCCUUAGAAGAUGCCCGGCAACUCCCCACGUUUCCCUUUGCCUCCAACCGCUGGGACACGUGUACCCCAGGUGUCAACUCCCGAGGCCACGAUUCCCACGUAUACAUGCCCCCUACUUUGCCUUGCUCCGUUCCAAUCGCCACAGUUCCUACCCCUGCUGAGAAAACAGAGAGGAAAUGGCUCCAAAGGGCCAGAGAAGGGUGGUGGGCACCUUCGUGAAGACUACGAGGAAGUUGGUCGAGGAGACCCUCCAGGUCUCGGUCGAGGGUGGAGAAGGGAGCGGAGAACAAAACCAUUCCAAGGAGCCCAAGGUGGUGGAGACGGCACUGGAAGAAAAGAAAGCACAAGAGUCCCAAACUUCGGUUCACCCCAACAAGAGACAGGAAGAGUAUAAAGAAGCUCCCAAAGAGGGAGCAGAGGAACCUCCUCAGAGGGAUGAGAAACAAGGGAAAGAAGGCAGAGGAGGAGGAGAAGAAGAUAAGGAGGAGCCUCCUAAAGGAGAAAAGAAACCAAAGAAGGAAGUAGCGGUAGUAGAAGAAGAAGAGAAGGGGAAGAAGAGAGGGAGAGGAGAGGGGGGGAGGAGGAGGAGGAGGAAGAGGUAUGGUGGUGGCGGUGUGGACGGGGUUGGAGGAGGCUACAAGAGGUAUGUGUUUAGGGUGCUGAAGCAGGUGCACCCAGGGAUGGGGGUGUCGUCGAGGGCGAUGGCGGUGCUCGACGGCAUGAUGGCCGAUAUGUUCGAGAGGCUGGCGGACGAGGCGGCGAGGCUCUCCAGGUACUCGGGGAAGGCGACCCUGUCAUCCAGAGAGAUCCAGGAUGCAGUGCGCCUGGUGCUGCCUGGGGAGCUCGGCAAGCAUGCCAUCUCUGAGGGGACGAAAGCUGUGUCCAACUACAUGUCAGCCGACCAUGGCGCCUAGUCUUUAGUGGUUCAAUGUUAAGUGGGGAUAGUUUGGUACGGGUCUUAGUUUUUGUUUCACCUCUUUUGUCCUUUCUUCUUAGUCCUUUUUUUUUUAUUUUUUAAGGCAUCUUAGGGAGGUUUUGGGUUGAAAUCCCCUACUGUUUUGGUGCUGAUUAGGGGCCCUAACGACUACACUCUGUCUUCACUAACUUGGAUGAUGUUGCUUUUCUCCUCCUUGAGAAAGCUUCGUUUUCCUUUGUGUUUUUGGACUGAUAUAUGUUGUUUAUGUUCUUGCUCUAAAUGUUAUUGGUGUUCUGGCGCCUAAGG